AUGAGUCGCUCGUUGUUGCUGUUGGUCCUCGCCGGAGUUGCGUCCGUCGGCACUGCGUGGACGUGCAGCCCCACCAAGAUCAUCGACUGGAGGGCCUCGUGCGACAAACUCGGAAGCGACGACGAAAAGUGCAAAAACGGGGCCUGCCACCGCGCUUUGCACUACCUCGUGGAGGACAUUGUCCGCGAUUGUUAUGUGCAAUCUGGCAUGGGCGACGCCAGCGAUCUCGACGUGUACCGCAUUCUGGAUGACUACUGCCACGGUGAAACCCCCGCGCCCAAGCCCGUCCCUACCACCUCCAAGCCAACACCUACCACCUCCACGCCUGUACCAACCACCUCAGCCCCUUCGCCGCCUACCCCCACAACCUCAGCUCCUACCCCCACAACCUCAGCUCAUACCCCUACAACCUCAGCUCCUACCCCUACAACCAAACCCCCUACCCCUACAACCAAAGCCCCUACUCCCACAACCUCAGCUCCUACCCCUACAACCAGAGCCCCUACCCCCACAACCAAAGCUCCGACCCCUACUUCUCCACCAGCUGUACAACCUACAACCAGCCCUGCCUCCGCACCCCCGACACAGUCGACAAACGAACCUCCUGUCGCAUUGCCGAUCGCCCCCACAACCUCUUCCCCCGACUCUUCAGUCCCCACGUCCUCGGCACCGUCCAUUGUCGCUCCUUCCAGUGCGACGCCUGCGUCGACAUUCGCCGCUUCAACGCGCUCGCCUGAGAAAUCCACUUCAACCACCCCCACCACGACUGGUGUACGUGUCGCUGGCCCCACUUCUGUGCCAGUUAAGACGACGUACAACAUCACCAACGCGACCAAAACAACCAACGUGACCAAAACAACCAACGCUACCAAUGCGACCCUGGGGGUGGAGUUGAUUACGGUACCGACCACUCAAGCGUCAAAGACAUCUCUACCGACUACCCUUCAAGCGACUACGAAACCGGUGGCCACUAGCUCAGCUGCCCAGAUCGGCGCUCUUCCACUCGUGAUGGCGUUCACCACCCUGGCGUUCGUGUUGCCAUGA